UCGCCAAAAUCGCUCGCCCGCGGCUGCGAAUUCGUCCAGGGACCACUCCUAUUUAAAGCCUCUCCGUUCGCCUCCGAGUUCUCUCGCAUCCAUCUCUCGCUAGGGUUGCCGAUUUCCUCUGCCGCUCUCUCUCUUAAUCUUGUUCCGUCCUCUUCUUUCCCAUAAGACUUCAGAGAUCGUUGGGGUCUUCGGGUUCUUCGCCGCCGUCGUCGAGACAGAGUGUUUUGUCAUUGAAAAGAGGUGUGAAUGUUUUAAUGGAGUCUAAAGGUGGUAAGAAGAAGUCUAGUAGUAGUAGUUCAUUACAGUACGAAGUUCCCCUCGGCUACAGCAUUGAAGACGUUCGACCUCACGGUGGAAUCAAGAAGUUCCAGUCUGCUGCAUACUCCAACUGCGUGAGAAAGCCAUCAUACCCACCACCUGUCUCGCCAAUCGGGUUUGAGGGCUAUGAGAAGCGCCUUGAGAUCACUUUCUCCGAGGCGCCCGUCUUUGUGGAUCCCCAAGGCCGAGGCUUGCGUGCCCUCUCACGGGCACAAGUUGACUCUAUUCUGGAUCUGGCACGGUGCACUAUCGUGUCUCAGCUCUCAAACAAGGACUUUGAUUCUUAUGUGCUUUCUGAAUCAAGCCUUUUUGUCUAUCCAUAUAAGAUAAUCCUGAAGACCUGCGGGACAACGAAGCUCCUACUGUCCAUUCCUAGAAUCCUCGAGCUGGCUGAGGAGCUUUCGCUCUCUCUUCUGUCUGCAAAGUACUCCCGCGGGACUUUCAUCUUUCCUGGUGCCCAGCCAUCUCCCCACCGCAGCUUCUCGGAGGAGGUUGCAGUCCUUAAUCAGUUCUUUGGUGACCUCGGUUUGGGUGGUAAGGCUUAUGUGAUAGGCGAUCCAGCAGUGCCCAACCGUAAGUGGCAUAUAUAUUAUGCAACCCAGAAGCCUGAACUGCCCAUGGUUACUCUUGAAAUGUGCAUGACUGGACUGAACACUGAGCGGGCAUCGAUCUUCUUCAAAAAUUCAGGGGACGGACAUUCUUAUUCUGCUAAGGAGAUGACAAAGCUCUCUGGAAUUUCUGAUAUCAUCCCUGAAAUGGAGAUAUGCGACUUUGAAUUCGAUCCCUGUGGGUACUCAAUGAAUGGGAUCCAUGGCCCUUCUCUCUCCACAAUCCAUGUGACCCCGGAGGAAGGGUUCAGCUAUGCUAGUUAUGAAGCCAUGGGGUUCAACCCUGGCUCAUUGGUGUACGGGGACUUGAUCGAGAGAGUUCUCAAGUGCUUUGGCCCUUCUGAGUUCUCUGUUGCGGUUACUAUCUUUGGUGGGCGCGGGCUAGCAGGCAUGUGGGGGAGGAAGGUGGAAUUAGAUGGCUAUGCCUGUAAUGAUCUGGUGGAACAGGACCUGCCAGGUGGUGCUCUGCUGAUGUACCAGAGCUUUUCCGCUUCUGCUGUGUCGCCAAGAUCCAUCCUGCAUUGCUGGGAAGGAAAUGAUGUGGAGAAAGCUGGCAAUGAUAAGAAGAUGAGAUGCUGCUGGGAAGACGAGGAGGUGGAGGAGGAGAAAGAUGGGAAAGAUAAGGAGAUGUUCUGAGAGGAUGGUUAUCGUAGUGAAAGCGAGCUUUCUAAAAUCCAGUCGUCGUGUGUUCUUGUGUUCCUUUUGGCUUAUUUAGUGAAGCAGCCAGCCAGUCUAUUUUGUGUUUGCUUAUGUUAUUGUUAUGUGGUAUUCGAGUUUCUUAAAGUGGUAUGUGACUUCAUAAGAGCUCUAGGUGGCUAGCUAUGUCUGCCACAAUGAGCAGUCUGAUGUUUGGUCUCGUAUCUGGACCUUAAUAAAUUUAUAGAGCUUGAAUAAAAAGUUUUGAGGUUGGUUACUUC